UGCUUCCCUACACAAAAUACUAUCUCCAAUUAUCUGUAUUUUUUUUUUUUCUAUAUAUACAUACUCCCGUGGCAAUGAAAAGUCCAGCAAAAGCAAGAGUUGAAUAGGCGUAAAAGAAGAAACAGCCAAACCAAAGAGGAAAUAGAAUUGAAGAAAGAGGGAUGUCACACUCCAUUGAGAUUAUUACCUCAAUAGAUAAUCAAAUUCCGCUGCUUCUUCCAACUGAAAAAGAUGAGAUAGAAGAAGGGAGGAAAGUGCAUUAUUUAAUUGAGGUAAAGAAAACAAAUGGUCAAGAUCUAUUAGGGUCGCAAACAAAGAAAUCUAUAAAUCAGAGUUUUGAUGAAAAAUUUGAGGAUGUGAAUAACUCUUCUAUUAAAUCAUGUACGAUAUUCAAAGUAAAUGUGGGGCUACGUGAAUCAAAUCCAGAUGCUUAUACACCAAAGAUGGUCUCUAUUGGUCCUUACCAUAGGAAAAAUCCUCAACUUCGUUCAAUGGAAAAGUACAAACUAUUAUACCUACAAAAAUUUCUUGAGCGGCGAGAGGAGCUUGAUGUGGAAAGUUGCAUCAAUCAAUUGAAGGAAUUGAAGGAGGAAGCACUAAAGUGUUAUGAUGAUAUAGAAGACCUCAAUAAUGAUCAAUUCUUGCAAAUGUUGUUGCUUGAUGGUUGUUUUGUGGUUGAGUUUAUUCGAGAGCUACAUGAAGAGUAUCCCCAAGAAGAAGAAGAUCUAGAGGAUCCCCAAGGAGAUAAAACUAUUGUCACUACUAAUGUUGCUUGCAUAUUAGAUCAAGUGACACGAGACUUGAUGUUACUAGAAAAUCAACUUCCUUUCUUUGUACUCAACAAGCUUCAUGAUAUGACAAAGCAUGAUAAGGAAUUACCAUUCGCAAUAAUGGCCAAAUGUUGCUUUGCUAUUAACUUGCCAAAAACGACUCCUGCAGCGCUUCUAGAGAUACAUAACAAUGCUAAUGCAGGAAAUAUCAAACAUUUACUUCAUCUAAUACACAUGUCAUGGCAAGGGAAUCCCAACACAGAUCCAACAUAUUCCUGUAAAAUCUUAUGUUGCAAUCCUUUGCAAAUAAUUAGGUCAAAAGAGAAGAAGAAUGAUAAGGUCAAUAAGGUCGUCAUGCCAAAUGCAACAGAGCUUUCUGAAGCUGGGCUUAGCUUCAAAAGCUUCGGAAAUAUAUAUAGAUCCUUUGACGAAGAUGAUAUUGGAGAUACAAAGUUAUUUGAUAUAAAGUACGAGAAUGGACUGUUGAAAAUCCCUUGUCUUAGAGUAUAUGAUAGUACUGAAUCCAAUCUGAGAAAUCUCAUUGCUUUUGAGCAACUAUCUGAUGUGCAUCAUAAAUAUUUCAGUGAUUUUGCGACUUUCAUGGAUCAUCUUAUUGAGUCGGACAAAGAUGUGAAUUUGCUUCGUCAGAAAGGAAUCAUAGAUAACAGGUUAGGAGAGGACAAAGAAGUGACUAGAAUCUUCAACAAAAUUGGAAAAGGGGUCAGCACUUCAGACGGCUUCUUUAUCAAUGAAGAAUACAGAAAGAUAAUUCAACAUUGUGAAAAAACCUCGAAGAGAAUGAUGGCAAGUUUGGUGCGGAAUUAUUUUAGCAGUCCUUGGGUAGGAGCUUCAACUCUGGCAGCCAUCGUUCUCCUCAUACUCACAGCUAUACAAACUGUUCUAGCUUUCACAGGAGGAGUUAAAUAAGUAAUAAUUGUGUUAAUUAUAUAUAAGAUAGGUUGUUUGAAUGUCUAGUGUCUCCUCAUAAAUCCAUGCAUGUAAUUGCAUGUGUGUUAGAUGAGUUUUUCAUCUAUUCUAUUUUAACCCCCUUUGUAUUUGGUUUUGUUGUUAAGUGCUAAUAAUUGGUCUAUUUCAAAGUAUCUAUUAGUCUUUUGGCGUCA